AAUGAAGCUGAGAUUUCUUGGGAGGACCUGUCUCAUUGUCUUGAGUUUGCUUCCAGCUGUUUCUACACAGAGAGGUGGAUGGCGUGUCGUUGGCUCUGAUCAGCCUGUCAUUGCUGAACCUGGUGAUGAUGUCAUCCUGCCCUGUCACAUUUCACCCAGAGUCAGUGCUGUGGACAUGGAAGUGAGGUGGUACAGGGACAGAUUCGACACGCCUGUUCAUUUAUAUCUGAACCAAAGGGAUCAGCUCAGCAGACAGGACAGUGACUACCGGGGCCGCACUGCUCUCUCUCCCUCUGCACUGGAGACAGGCGAUAUCUCACUGAGACUGAGAUACAUCCGGCCCUCUGAAAGAGGCGUCUAUACCUGCUUUGCUGAUGAUGGAAGUCAGUAUGAAGAAGGACAGACUGAAGUGAUAGUCGCAGCUCUGGGGACCCAGCCCUCAAUCUCUAUGGACUCUACACAAGGAGAACAGACCCGGCUGGUGUGCAGAUCAGAGGGGUGGGACCCUGAACCUGAAGUGAUUUGGAGAGACAGGAAUGGAAACGAUGUGACAUCACUGUCCAACACAACACUGCUGAGAGUCAGUCAGGGGCUCCGCAGUGUCAGCAGCUACAUCAAAAUCAAACAGCAGUCCAACGUGUUCUCCUGUCUGGUUAGAAGUAAAACACCAAAACCAGACUGGAAAUCCAAACUCCACAUAUCCAGUGAUUUUUUCCCAGGAGUCUCUGGAUGGAUGGUGGCUUUCUUCUUGACUUUAGCUCUCAGUAUUGGAGCCAUUCCUCUGCUGGUGAUCCAAUGGAGAAGAAUGGAUGCCAUGGAGAGGAAGCUUGAGCCUAUGGCUGCUCUGUAUCUUUAUCAGAACCUUCGUAAGGAACUUGAGUCUAUGAGACAGAUCCCUAAAUCAGAAUGGAAGUGGAUCCGCAGCUCAGCAGUUGAUGUGACUCUGGACCAUGAUACAGCACAGCCCCGGCUCAUCCUGUCUGCAGAGGGGAAACGAGUGAGACUGGGAGAGACACGGCAGGAUCUCCCUGACACUCCAGAGAGAUUUGAUCACAGGCUCUGUGUGCUGGGCAGGGAGAGCUUCACCUCGGGGAGACGCUACUGGCAGGUGCAGGUGGGGGAGAAUACAGCGUGGAUAUUAGGAGUCAGCAGAAUGUCUGCCCCGAGGAAGGGGUGGAUCAGCAUGACCCCCCAGCGGGGUUACUGGACUGUGGAGGGGUGGAGUGGAGGUGAGUUCACUGCUCUCACUGACCCCGAGACCCCCCUCCCCCGGAGCCUGAAGCCCCAGAAGCUGGGGGUGUAUCUGGAUUACGAGGAAGGGCAGCUCUCCUUUUACAAUGUGGAGACCAGAUCUCACAUCUACACUUUCACUGACAUGGAGUUCAAUCCCAAUGAGAAACUAUAUCCAUUCUUCUGUACUGGUUACAGGAAUACAGACCUUGUGCUGGAGUCCCCUGACCCUGACCCUGUCAGCGCUGCAGAUUAAACACACAUUGCUGUCUGAACCAGGAAACUAUUCAAACAGCUCAGACAAUCUCCUCUUCACUUUCACUGACACUCUCUCUGCACUCUUCUGGGCUGAUGAGAAGAAAUCCUCUCUCUUCCACCCUCUUACCCUGAGCCCCUCCUCUUUAUUUCUCUACACCCCCUUUCCUACUCUCCCUUUCUGUCUGCCUCUUUCCCCUCCACCUAUCCAUCUCCAGAUCCCUCUUUCUCUCCUCUUCUGCUCUCCUCUGCCUCCCCUAUGAUAUGUUAAUCCCCUCCAUUUCUCAACCCUGCCCUCUACU